CGCCGCUCCAUUUUGUCUGAAACCAGCUCUUGCCUUGUCUCUCUAAACUUGCCUUCACUGGUCCCUGCCAUCAGCAUGGCUCUUCCUCAGCGCCAUUUUCUUCAACAACACUAUCAAGCCCCUCAACAGCAGACGCAGCAAUCGAGGAAUUUCAGAAACCCGUACGCAAUUGAAGGUCAGAUUUCGCAGCCGGUCGGUUACUAUAAUACAGCUAAUGUUCAGGAUCAGUCCCAGCAUCCUCCAUACGUACCUUCAUAUGGCAGUGAUGGGGCAGCUGAUUUGCAAUGGAAUAAUGGGCUUGAACCGAAGAGGAAGAGAUUAAAGGAGCAAGACUUUUUGGAGAACAAUUCACAGCUAUCAUCUGUUGAUUUUCUUCAAGCACGAUCAGUGUCAACGGGAUUAGGUUUGUCACUAGACAACAAUCGGAUAGCUUCUUCAGCUGAUUCAGCUUUAAUGUCAUUCAUUGGCGAUGAAAUUGAUUGUGAGUUACAGCAACAGGAUGCAGAGAUUGAUAGAUUACUCAAAGUUCAGGGAGACCGAUUGCGGCAAGCCAUCUUGGAGAAGGUUCAGGCAAACCAACUUCAAACUAUCUCAUUUGUUGAAGAGAAAGUUCUUCAAAAACUCCGCGAAAAAGAAGCAGAAGUGGAGAGUAUUAACAAGAAAAAUAUGGAACUUGAAGAACGAAUGGAACAAUUGACCAUGGAAACAAGUGAUUGGCAGCAGUGGGCAAGAUACAAUGAGAAUAUGAUUACUUCCCUGAAAUGUAAUCUUCAGCAAGUUUAUGCGCAAAGUAGAGACAGUAAGGAAGGGUGUGGUGAUAGUGAGGUUGAUGAUACAGCUUCCUGUUGCAAUGGCCGUGCCAUUGACUUCCACCUGCUGUGCAAGGAGAAUAACGAUGCGAAAGAAUUGAUGACUUGUAAGGUAUGUAGAGUCAAUGAAGUAUGCAUGCUUUUGUUACCCUGUAAGCAUCUCUGCCUGUGUAAAGAUUGUGAAAGUAAGCUUAGUGUUUGCCCCCUAUGUAAGUCAUCCAAGUUUAUUGGGAUGGAGGUCUAUAUGUAAUGCUGCUAUACGAAUGUGAAAGUGAUAUUUUUAUGCAAAAGUUAUAUGCAGGGUUCUUGUGAUUUUGAUGGCUGCCUCUUGUUCAUUGUGCUCUCUGUAUUUGAAAUAGUUUUCAGCUUGUCUUGCAUGAUUAGUAUUCUGCGUAUCAAUUACAUGAGCUGUUCUUAUGCUGAUCAAAAGUAGUGAUUAAAUAAUUAGGUAAUUCCUUU